UCUCUCAUAUCAAUGUGAUGAGCUUUUUCACCAUUGCGAAUGGUGCUAUCAUUUCGAUAAGAACAAGCACAAGUCAAUUUGACAGCAAAACCAAAGUGGGCAUAAAAGUAUAUACUAGAAAAGGUUGGAGUAAAGUAGCUAAUAUGUAUGCCAUAACACGUUCACUUAUUCGGUCAACUGCUUUACGUCAGGGUAUUCAACGGAUGCAAGUCGCUGCACCGUCUCGCCAAGUGACUUUAAAGGUUGUACCAGCAGCAGAGGCAAUUCAGACAGAAACGUUUGAUGAGAAAAAUAUACGCCUGGGACGUGAAUUGUCUCCACAUUUGACUAUCUAUAAGCCACAGUUAACGUCGAUGUUAUCAAUUACUCAUCGAGGCACAGGUUUUGCAUUGACUGGGUACGCCUGGGCCUUAGGUUUAGGAGCCUUGAUGUCUUCGCAUGACAUUUCACACUACGUUACCAUUAUUGAAGGCUUGCACUUGGGUUCUGCAACAUUGGUUGCGCUUAAGUUCGCUUUAGCAUUUCCACUAGCGUUUCAUUCUUGCUGCGGUGUCCGCCAUUUGUUGUGGGAUACAGGUCGUUUUCUGAAAAUUACUGAAGUCUAUUUAACUGGUUACGUAACACUUGGCAUCAGCUUCGUGCUGUCAGCUAUUUUAGCUUGUUUGUAAACAUAUGUUUGGAUGGAAAAAUUUAUGCAAUUGGAAUGCUUAUGUUCGUUUUUCAUUACGGUGCUUCGAUUUGACUGAAAUGCACUAAAGUACGCAAAAAUUUGAGUGCUAACUGUCGCGAAAUAAAUGUACAUACAUACGAUAGAAAUAUAAAAAAUGUUAUUGAUACCCAAAA